AUGCUACACAGACUCUUAAGACUGUCUAAUUUCUCACUGACCUUUGUUCUACUUCCUUUCCUGCAAGGGCUAGAGAUCUCUGAUCCAGGGCAAGUGGUAUACAUAGAAGCCAGAACCAGUGGUGUGGUGGAACAUGAAGUAACCUUGGAAUGUGGCACCACCCUCCCUGAUGUCUACAUCUGGAGCUUCACCAAACCAGGCACAGACACUAUUCGAGCUGUGGUGUAUAACUUUGGCAAGGGUCCAAAGCUGCAGCAUCUGGCACAAGAUCUGGGGGACCUGAAUGUCAUCACAAACACUGCAUUUCUGUCCAUAGAGAAGCUUCCUCUAGAUGCAGAGGGCUUGUAUACCUGCCAGGCUCUGUACGACACUGCUGACGGAGCCAGACUCUACUAUUACUAUGUGCAUCUACGGGUUUUAGUGCCUGUUUCCAAACCCUACGUUCUACUGAGUAACUCAUCAGCAGUAGAGGGCUCAUCAUUUUGGAUGCGCUGUGGUCUGGAGAAUGGCACAGAGCCCAUUAACUACACAUGGGAGCAGGAGAGCCGCAGUGGGCUGGUCACCACACUGGCUGAGAGCAACAGCAGUCUGAUCAACAUCAUCUGGGUCACUCGCAACCACACUGGCUGGUACGGGUGCCUGGCCAGGAACGAGGUCAACCAGCAGACCAGUGACCGCAUCUGGUUAGAUGUUUUAUUUGGACCAGAUACACCUCAGAUUGAUGUCUUGGCUUACUCAGUAAUGGAGCAAAGCUACUCAGCCUUGGAGAAAGGAAAUGUCUCUCUCUCGUGUCAAGCCGUUUCUAACCCUCCAAGCCGAUAUGUCUGGUUUUACAUUAACUCCCAGAACUACUCUGGACCACAACUCAGCAUCUCUAUCAUCCAGCGUGUGCAUACCGGCAACUACACCUGUCUGGCCCAGAACACCUACCUCAACACCAGCUCAAAGAAAACAAUCACUCUCACAGUCUACUAUCCACCAGAUGGUGCUCCAACUUGCUCCAUGUUCCCAGCAAACAAUUAUACUGAUCUGGCCCUUUUCUGCUCCUGGGUGGGUGGAUAUCCACCAGCAAUACUGAAGUGGAGCCCAUAUGUGAAUGGAGAAAACCAACAGGGAAUCUAUAAUGUCACCCAAAUUCAACCAGGCCCUGAUACUGCUAACAACUCUGUAUUCACCUGCCACGCUUCACAUAUUGCACUAAACAUCACCCAGAGCUGUAGCACCAGGACAUGGCUGCCUUCUGGAGAACCCCAGUGUUCUGCGAACUCCAGCCGUAAUAAUGAACACCUGAUGCUGUCCUGCUCCUGGGAGGGUGGGUUCCCUCGUGCUCUGCUGUGGUGGUCCAGUUUAGGGGAAAUGCAGGGCACCUCUGAGGAGAACUCCAACAUCCUGGUUCUGCGCACCAGUGCCAACUACAGUGGCAAAACCUUCAUAUGCCAUGCAAAACAUCCGCUAAAUAAAGACAGCAAGAAGUGUAUGUUAAAACUUGAGGCACCAGUAUUGGUAACUGAGCGCAUUGUGGUUUCUGUCUAUGAAACCAAUGAUGUUCAACUCACCUGCCUUCUGAGCAGACACAACCCAGCAGUCACAGUGGUCACCUGGUACAACAACUUAAAGCAGAAUGUAGGUGAGACACCCAAGAAGUACAUCCUUCAGCAAGCUGCAGCCUGGUCCAACCUGACAGUACGAGAAACAGACAGCAUGACAGACAGUGGUCAGUACUGGUGUUCUGCUACCAAUGCUGUGGGAAGAACAGAGAUGCCCAUACUGUUGGUGGUAAUAAGGUACCCAAUGCCUCCAAACAUCACCGUCAGUAAAAUCAUAUACAGUAGUCGACAGCGGACAGAUGUUAAUAUGGAGUGGCUGAUCCAGACAGAUGGUGACCUUACUGGAUUCUUUAUAGAGUACCAAAAGCUCUCUGUCCCUGUGGGGAAGAGUGACAAUACUUCUGUCUGGCAGAAAGUGGCAGUAGAUCUGGACCCCAGCAUCCGCAGCUACCAGAUCAACAAUCUGGAUCCUACCACGACAUAUGCUUUCCGCAUUACAGCUAUGAAUCGUCGUACCACUGGAAAUCCUUCAGACAUCACAAGCCCAGCCUUUUACAACUUGACAGUGUCAGUGCCAGUCUCCAAACCCUACAUUGUGCUGAGCGAUCCCUCACCUGUGGAAGGCACAUCAGUGUGGAUGCGCUGUGGUCUGGAGAAUGGCACAGAACCCAUUAACUACAUAUGGGAGCAGGAGGGCCACAGUGGGGUGGUUACAACAAUUGCUGAGAGCAAUCGCAGUGUGAUCAACAUUACCUGGGUCACCCGAAACCACACAGGAUUGUACAGGUGCCUGGUCAGGAACGAGGUCAACCAGCAGCGCAGUGACCGUAUCUUGUUAGAUGUUAUAUAUGGUCCCGACGUGCCUCAUAUUGAUGUCACACCCUACUUGGUAACAGAGGGUGGUUUCUUAGCCAUAGAGAAAGGGAAUGUUUCCCUCAUGUGUCAAGCCUCCUCUAACCCUCCCAGUCAAUAUGACUGGUUCUUCAACAACUCCCGUAUCAACAGUGGACCACAGCUCAGCAUUAGCAAGAUCCUGAGAACACAAACUGGCCAUUAUACCUGUCUGGUCCAAAACACUUUUCUCAACACCCGCUCCACAAAAUCGAUUGCUCUUACUGUCUACUAUCCACCAGAUGGCGCUCCAUCAUGUACCAUGCUCCCAGUGAACAACUACACUGACCUGUUGCUUUUCUGCUCUUGGCUGGGUGGAUAUCCUCUAGCUACCCUGAAGUGGAUUCCAUACGUGAAUGGAAACGACAGAGGAGAAAUCACUAACAUCUCUCGGAUCUUCCCAGGCCCUGAUACUGCUAACAACUCUGUAUUCACCUGCUAUGGCUCACAUGUUGCGCUAAAUGUCACCCAGAGCUGCAGCACUAAGACAUGGCUGCCCUAUGGAGACCCCAAGUGUUCUGCGAAUUCCAGCCGUAAUAAUGAGUACUUGACGCUGUCCUGCUCCUGGGAGGGAGGUUUUCCUCAUGCUCUGCUGUGGUGGGCUUCUAGUUCAGGCGACAUGCAAGGCACAUAUGAGGAGACUUCAAACAUCCUGGUCCUGCGUUCCAGUGCCAACUACAGCGGCAAGACAUUUGUAUGCCAUGCCAAACAUCCUUUGGCCAAAGAAAGCAGGCAAUGUGUGUUGAAGCUAGAGGCCCCAGUCUUGAUGACUCAACGCAGUGUGGUUUCAGUCUUUGAUGGCAGCAAUGUUCAACUCACCUGCAAUCUGAGUAAAAGCUACCCUGCUGUCACAGAGAUUACCUGGUACAACAACACACAGCAAAAAGUGGGAGGCAUACCCAAUAAGUAUGUUGUGCAGCAAGCAGUUGGUUGGUCCAGCUUGAUGGUGCAGGAGACAGAUGGCAUGGUAGACAGUGGUCAGUACUGGUGCUCUGCAACCAAUGCUGUUGGAACAGCAGACAUUCCUGUCACAUUGCUGGUGAUAAUGCCCGUUUCCAAACCAUAUGUUCAGCUGAGUGACUCUUCACCAGCAGAGGGCAUGUCAGUGUGGAUGCGCUGUGUUGUGGAGAAGGGAACAGGUCCAAUUAACUACAUAUGGGAGCAGGAGAGCCAGACUGGAUUGCUCACAACACUGGUUAAAUGGAACAGCAGUCUUGUCAAUGUCACCUGGGUUACACGUAAUCACACUGGCUGGUACAGAUGCCUGGCCAGGAACGAGGUGAACCAGCAGCGCAGUGACCGCAUCUGGUUAGAUGUCUUAUAUGGUCCUGACUUACCUCAGAUUGAUGUCACAACCUACUCAGUAAUGGAUCGAGGUUACAUAGCACUGGAAAAAGGAUCCGUUUCUCUCAUGUGUCAAGCCUCCUCUAAUCCUCCAGGCCAGUACAUCUGGUUCUACAAUAACUCAGAGAUCUUCAGUGGAGCACAGCUCACCAUCACCAGGGUUCUACGUGGACAUGUAGGCUAUUAUACCUGUCUGGCCCAGAACACUCAUCUAAACACCCGCUCAAAGAAGACCGUAACUCUCACCAUCUACUAUCCACCAGAUGGAGCGCCAUCUUGUUCCAUGUUUGCAGCAAACAACUACACUGACCUGGCCCUAAUCUGCUCCUGGGAGGGGGGUUACCCUCCAGCUACUCUGAAAUGGAGUCCGUAUGUGAAUGGAGACAAUCAACAGGGAGUCAGCAAUGGCACUCGAAUUCAGCCAGGGCCUGAUAGUGCUAACAACUCUGUAUUCACCUGCUAUGGUUCACAUGUUGCACUAAACGUCACCCAGAGCUGUAGCACCAGGACAUGGCUGCCCUAUGGAGAACCCCAGUGUUUUGCCUAUGUAACUCGUAAUAAUGAGUACCUGAUGCUGUCCUGCACCUGGGAGGGUGGUUUCCCUCGGGCUCUGCUGUGGUGGGCCUCCAGUUCAGGGGACAGGCAGGGCACAUCUGAGGAGAACUCCAACAUACUGGUGCUGCGUUCCAGUGCCAACUACAGUGGCAAAGCCUUUGUGUGCCACGCCAAACACCCACUAAAUAAAGAUAGCAAGACGUGUGUAUUAACAUUGGAGGCUCCAGUGUUGAUGACUCAGCGCAGUGUGGUUUCUGUCUAUGAGGGUGAUGAUGUCCUACUCACCUGCAUUCUGAGCAAAAACUAUCCAGCAGCCACAGAGGUCACCUGGUACAACAACUUAAGGCAGAACAUAGGGGAAAUACCCAAGAAGUAUGUCCUUCAGCAAGCUGCAGCCUGGUCCAACCUGACAGUGCGAGAAACAGACAGCAUGGUGGACAGUGGCCAGUACUGGUGUUCUGCUAAAAAUGCUGUCGGAGGAGCAGAGAUCCCUGUCAAAUUAGUGGUGUUGAGGUACCCAAUGCCUCCAAACGUCACCAUCACUAAAAUCACAUACAGCAGCCAUCAGCGGACAGAUGUUACUGUGGAGUGGCUGAUUCAGGCAGAUGCUGACCUCACUGGGUUCUUCAUUGAGCUUCAGAACCUCCCUGGUCGUCUAGGGAAGAGUGAUAAUGUCCCUCUCUGGCAGAAAGUGGCAGCAGAUCUAGAUCCCAGCACUCGCAGCUACCAGAUCAACAAUCUGAAUCCUACUGGAAAAUAUGUAUUCCGUGUAACAGCUGUCAAUCGCCAUACCAUUGGACAUCCUUCAGAGAUCAAGAGUCCAGCUCUGCCACCCUUCAGGGCCUAUCCUGCUGUGAUUGGAGCAGCCAUCGGAGGUAUGCUUGUGGCGACAGUAGCUACUGUGCUGAUCUUCAUUUAUGUGGUGAGGAAUCGCACCAACAUCCCACGUUUUCAUGACAUGAUCUUUGGCAGGCAGAACAGCCAGUCCAGAGAAAAUAUCAACUUCCCUGAGGACAAGGUUAUUGGAGAAGAUGCAAGUCCUUCAGUUCCAGGUUUCAAGAGACAGUAG